AUGAAAUUCCGUCCCGCUGGCGCCCCAGCUGGUGCAUGGCACCAUACGCCAUGGUACAUUUGCGUGUUCUAUGACCCCUACGAGCGCAUCAACGUAUGGUCACACGGGCUGCCAACCCUGGGAUUCGUAAUACUGGGCGCUCUGGCGAAGGCUGGAGUCGUGCCAGGAGGCUUGGCGCUAUCAAUCUUUUGCUUCUGCGCGGCCAUGACGCAUGGCUCAUCUGCCCUGACCCACAUCUGGCCCGACGACCAUAUGCUGGAGAAGAUUGACCACCUGUGCAUUCCGUUCCUCAUCAUCGGGGUGCCUGCAACAGCUGUCAUGGCCUUGCGCCCCUCCGGGCCCUACUACGUGAUGUUGCCGGUAGCGGUGAUGGCCAUCGCAGCGGCUUUCCUGCGCCCGCUCUACCGCACGCUGGCGUUUGUGGCAUCAGGGGCGGUGCUGUUCGGGUACUACUACUGGAUUGUGGAUUUGAAUAUGGUCGUGCAGGUGGUGUUGCACGUGUCUGGGGGGGUGUUUUUUAUCAGGAAUGGCGGGCACUCGCGACCCAUAGGCCUACAAGACCACCACAUUCUACAUUAUCUCGUCACCGUAGCGUGCGGGCUGCACGUGAUUUACAUCAUGCGAGCGGUGCAUUUCGUCAGCAGCGACGCUAAAUCAGGGUAG